GUUUCCAAACAAUGCUCAGGAAAAAGCCACGUUGACGUUCCAGACUGAAGUGAAGUCCACAAAUUGAGGCAGAAAAAGAAGGAAUUUAGAUUGUCAGACGCUCCGGUUCCUUCUCGCUGCAGACUCCAGAUCAUAUCAGACAUGUCAUCGCCGCCGAAGGAGAAAGUGGAAACCAAAGGAGGACAUCCGCCUGCAGUAAAAGCAGGAGGUAUGAGGAUAGUGCAGAAGCACCAGCCGACUGCUGUUCCGGAACCACCACAGAAAGUGGAGGAGGAGGAGGAGGAGGAGUACGUCCGCAGCAGCAGCCCACCAAAGGCCCCCAUGAUUGUGUCUGGAGUGGUGACAAAGGGUGAUAAGGACUUCACCCCUGCUGCCGCCCAGGUGGCUCAUCAGAAGCCCCAGCCUUGUGUCUCCAAGCUGCCCUCUGGCCAGCACAUCAACCAGCACAUCCACCAGCCCCGCAAGUGAACUAGGCAGCAAGCUACAAACGGCUACGCUAACUCCACCAGCCGGCCUUCCCAAUGGAACACAUAAGAUGAAGACGUCUCCCCACCAGGCACAGAUCUCCUCUAAAUAAUCAGAAUAGUUAACCUGUUGCAUUACAUAUAUGAGGAAAUUAUUCAAUGCCAAUACAGCCAUUAUAGAAGUCCUACUUAGAACACCCCCGCUGCAUAGUCUGCACUUUGUGUCCUUUCCUAAAGAGGGAUUGUUUGACAGCUGGAUAGUCUUAAGUUAGUAUAAAUGGGUGGAGGGUCUCCUAAAAUGGCUAUUAUUGUAAACAUUAAUAGAGAAAUCUGAGUCUGUGGGGGAAACUUUCACCCCAGGCGAUGUGCCGACCACUGCCACAUCACAGCAAUCAGCCAAUCACAGCAACCUAUCAAUCAGGCCAAGUGACCAACCAAUCACCUCACAGUGAUGAGCCUAAGCUCCAGCCUUCUACCUAUGACCUUCACAGACCAAAAUCACCAAUCAACAAAUAACGAGGUGGGCGCCAGUUUUACAUUAUAAACGCAAACCAAAAAGAACACAGAGAGUAGCUUCUAGAUGGCAAAAGGCAGUUUGAUGUGUUUGCCACUGAAGCUGAUGCCAAAUUGCACGGGUAUAGUAGAGCGAGUUAAAGUAGCUAAUUACAAGACAGCGUUAGCCAGUUAUUAGCCCAAACGCUAAGAUAACUUUGACAAGUGUUCUAUUUGGCAAUUUCAAUAUCAUAGAUACCUAAUAAAUAGCUCCAAUGAGAUACAAAACACUUCUUAUUAACAAUGACUGGCAUUACCCAAGGACCUAUCUGAUGCAUGUCAAAGUGUCAUGAUUCUAGAUAGCAAGCUACAGUUGUUGAAGACACUGAUAAGCUUUUGGACCACAGACAUUUUUUUUUUUUUUUGGACAACUUCCUGCUGGGUCACUGUUCCUAGCUUUAUUUGGCAGAGAGGAGUCUUACUGAUCUCUGAUCUACUCUCCAUUUUGCCUGCCUUGUUGGAGCUGUAAUAAUACCCAUGCUGCCCUGGUCAUUUUAAUUUGAAUGCAAACUCAACCUGCUUCAUAGUAGAAGUGUCCCACCAGUGCCUCAUUGCUUAGAUUUCAGGAUUUCUUGUCUCAUUUGACAUGCAUGGAUUUACAUUUUAUCUGCAAAGCACCAGAGUCAAAUGGACUAAAAAUAUAGCCAGAAAUGUAAUAAAAUCUGAAGAUACUGUGCAGAAGCUGCAGGAGGCUUUGUGUUUGCAUUAACAGUUAUCUUGAACAUCACAAGGUUGAACAAAGCAUUGCAGAGAAGUAGUUCAGGAAAUAGUGAGGCUCUUAACUUCGAAAUGAAGGGAAUCACCAUGCAAAAACAUUCCAUAGAAAAGUGUCUGAACAACUAUGCUAACUAUGUGACAGUCAGUGAAGGAAAAUGCAAUACAUGUAUUUCUACUCGCCAGGAUAUCUGCAGGUAUGGUUCUUUGCAUUUCAGAAAUCUGUAUCAGCCCCCAAAAUCCUGAUCGGCACUACCCUAGAAAUUCGACAUAUCAACACACGCACGACACCCUUUUCCUUAAUCACCAAUCCCCUUACACUCAAGUGUCAUUUGUUGCAACACUAAUGUUCAGGUUUCCAGGAAAGAAAGAAAUGUAUCAUGCCAAGAAGGAAUGAUUUCCUAUGUUAAUUUAAUUAAGUUUAAAAGAGUUUUAUUUUUGUUUUUCUCAGUUCUGUUUCUUGAGUAAAUUGUUCAAAUUGUACAAAUCUUUAGCCAUUGACUGGACUUAGGUAUUAGGUGUGGUUGUCAUAGUAAAUAAAGAUAUAGACUAUCUUGGAAAAA